AUGCAUUCAGACAAAAUCAAGGUGCCUGCGCCGAAGAUCCAAAACAGGCAGUUUGUGAAGCCCCUCCUGUGUGGUCCAGGACCCUGUGACUACUGGCCUUCAGUUACUGAGGCCGUUGCCUACCCUUGCAUCACACCAAACUGCGAGGAAUUCUAUAAUGUGCUAGACGAAAUUCGAGCAGGCUUGCAGUACAUCUUCCAAACUCAAAGUAAACUGGUGCUGGCUAUGUCUGGAGCUGGCCACGCUGGCAUGGAAGCCGUGAUCAACAACCUGGUAGCUCCUGGUGAGACCCUGCUCAUCGCAGCGAGGGGUAUAUGGGAUCAACGCGCAGAAAUCAUCGCUAAAAGGCUGGGAAUUAAAGUCGAAGUAACCCGCGUUCCAAUGAACACUACCUUCGGCCUAGAGCAAAUAGAAACCGAAUUAAAGAGAUUGCGCCCAGCAGCCUUGUUUAUCACCCAUGGCGACUCCUCAACAGGAACGGUACAGAAAAUGGAUGGUUUAGGCCAACUUUGUCACAAGUAUGGAGCCCUACUUCUAGUAGAUACUGUGGUCUCACUUGGUGGGCACCCGUUCUUCAUGGACGAAUAUGAAGCAGAUGGAGUAUUUUCUUCAACACAGAAGGCUUUCAGUGGCCCUGCUGGAAUAUCUCCUGUAGCAUUCAGUACACGAGCUGAGGAGAAGAUAAAUAACAGAAAGCACGAACCUUCUUUCUACUUCGACGUCAAAUUAUUAGCGAAUCAGUGGAACUGUUAUGGUGAUACCAGAGUAUACCACCACACGAUGAGUCCACCAAUGCUGUGGGCUUUAAGAGCCUGUCUCCAGGAGGUCUCCAAUGCAACCCUGCCAGUGGCCUGGGCGCGUAACGCUGCGAGCACCGCACACUUCCACAAACGUCUUCAAGAAUAUGGCUUCGAGUUCUUUGUUCCGAAACCUGAGGAAAGACUGACUACUGUUACCACAGUGGUCCUCCCGAAAGGAGUUAAUUAUUUAGAGUUCACUGCUGUUUUGAGAGAAAAACAUAAUAUCCUAAUACUGGAGGGCCGUGGUCCUACUGAGGGCAAAGCCCUAAGAGUGGGCAUCAUGGGUGCUAACGCAAGAACUGAAGUAGCAGAUAUCCUGGCAGAUGCAAUGGCGGACACGUUAAAAACUAUGUUAUCGUCAUCUUAA